GGAAAAGCAGGAGGAUGGCAGCCAUCUGGGAAGUUCUCACUGCUCUGCUGGUGGGAUUUCUGAUCCUGGAUUUCAUCAAGCUGCUCUGGUCAAGCAGGCAUUACCCUCCUGGGCCUAUUCCACUCCCUUUCAUUGGUGGACUCUGGCGCAUUGGGACCAAGUUUUCCAAGGAUUCUUUCAUUAAGCUGGGAAAGCAAUAUGGAGACAUUUACACUGUGUGGGUGUGGCAUCAUCCUGUGGUAGUUAUUUCUGGAUUUCGUGCCAUGAAAGAAAGCUUGAUCGACCAUUCAGAAGAUUUUGCUGAUCGACCCCUUUCAACUUUUCUUUUAGCAAUAUGUAAAGGUAAAGGGAUUGCAUUUGCAAAUGGUCACACCUGGAAACAGCAGAGACGUUUUUCCCUCAGCGCUCUACGCAAGCUGGGGCUGGGGAAGAAUCGCAUGCAGCACAGAAUAGAAGAGGAGGCCCUUCGGCUGGUGGAGAUCUUUGCACGCACAAAGGGGCAGCCAACGGAUCCUUCACCAUUCAUCAGCAAUUCAGUCUGUAAUUUGAUUUCCCUUUUGAGUUUUGGAUACCGGUUUUCCCAUGAAGACGCAAAGUUCCAGUCAGCAAUGCAAGACCUUAGUAAUUACAUGAAAUUCGGAGGCUCCACCUUCUUAUUGCUGUACGAAUUGUUUCCAUGGCUAAUGAAAUAUCUCCCAGGGCUUCAUCAGAAGGUCCUAGCAUCCUUGGAGAGAGGUAUGUUACUUGUAAAAGAGGAGAUGGAGAAGCACAAGCAAGAUUUGGCCCUGCGUGAGCCACAGGAUUUCGUAGAUCUCUAUCUUCUCCAGAUAGAGCAGAAACAGAGUGAGCCCAACUCUACCUUUAAUUACGAAAACAUGGCUCAUUGCAUUUUGGAAUUCUUUGCUGCUGGGACAGACACAACAGGAAGUUCUCUGCAAUGGGCUCUGUUGCUCAUGGUGGCUUAUCCAGAUAUCCAAGAUAAAGUCUACAACGAGAUGGAAGCUGUUUUGGGUUCCUCUAACUCAAUCUGCUAUGAAGAUCGGUGGAAACUCCCUUACACACAUGCUGUGGUUCAUGAAAUUCUACGUUCAAAAUAUGUCUUACUUGUUGGUAGUCCCAGGCAAACAAAGAAAAAUGUAAACCCAUGUGGUCUUCCUAUUCCAAAGGGAACUUUCAUUAUUCCCAGUUUCCACUCUGUUCUUCUGGAUCCCAAGCAAUGGGAGAGCCCUGAAGAAUUCAAUCCAAGUCAUUUUCUGGACAAGGAUGGAAAUUUUAUGACUAGAGAAGAAUUUGUGGCAUUUGGAGCAGGGUCUCGUGUAUGUUUGGGGAAAAAUUUCGUCAGAGCUGAGUUUUUCCUUUUCUUUACCAACCUGCUGAGGACCUUCCAAUUCCAGCUGCCAGAAGGAGCGAAAGAACUCAGUCAGGAACCGGUAGUGGGAUUCAUCUUACAUCCUCAACCUUUUAAGCUCUGUGCUAUUCCUCGCUGCAGGUCAACCUAAAAUAGAGGAAAAUUAAGAUAGGGUGUGAACAUCAUUUCUGUGGCUUUUAAAAUGAUUCCCAGUUUCUCAGUCAUUCCGUUUCCUUUCCUAUGAGGUUCUGCCUUAACUUGCUCUACGCUCAAACUCGCUCUGUCCUAAAGGAUCUCCUGUCUGUCUGAAACCAGAUCCAUCCUGCAACCCCUUGCUUGCUUUUGUUCACAGGUGAUGAAUGUUGGCAGAAGAAGGAAGUGGGGUGGUUUUGCAAGGAGGCACCACAGAUGGAAGAGUUAUGAGCACCAUGUCCACCACGGGAUGGCAAAAGGUCAAGGCAGUGAUUGCUGCCAUGUAAUCCAAGCCCUAUUUUAUGUGCAAGGUGGCUUCAUGAUCAGAGCCCUGCCCCGUUUGUAUCUGCAUUAUGUAACGUGUCUAAAGAAGGGAGGGGCUUUGACUGCCUGCCCACAGCCGCCAUCUUGGCCUUUCUGACCACCCCCCCGAUGCCCCCAGCUGUGAGGGGAUGCAAAAAAUGAGAAAUGGUGGUAGUGAUGUACCUCUUCCACUGGUACACCACCCAGAGUCAUAAAUCAUGAGGUUGGUGGCUAAAUUAAAUUAAAUUAAAUUAAAAUACACCAGCAUUUUCGAGAAGGAAAUAAUCCUAAAGUGAAAAGGGGAUGACUUUUGGUGAGGAAGAUGAAAGCUUGAGAACUUGGAAUGGUUUGGAGGAAAAGUUAGCCUUUCUGCAGUAGCUUCCCUUUUGCUUGCUUCUAAUUAAGAAAACCCUAAUUACUUUUGCAUUUCUAUGUCUUUCUCUCUGCUUUAAACCUGCCAUAGAUGCUAGCGGCCGAGACGGCUACAGUAAGGGGCUAAAUGUGACCCGCUGCCUCCCACAAGGGCUCCUAGGAGCGGCUUGUAUAUCACCCUAAGCCACAGCUUAGCUUCAUGUUUCCCGCUGUGGUAAACAGGAGUCCCUCCGCUAGGAGGAGAUGGGCAGUGACACAUUUGAUAGAUAAAUCAAAUAAAUCAAAUAAAUCAAAUAAACAAAUAAAUAAAGUCCGGCCCUGCUGGGGCAUGGUCUGAGCGAGCAGAGCUCGCCUUUCGUUCUCAGCGGUCACUGUGCGCCCACGCUUGGUGAAGCAAUCGCUGCAUAUGUCUAAGCAAGCAAAUCUGCCAGGAGCUGUUGGCUAAAAUAUCACAUUCAGACUGGAGGAUUCCAUGCAUCAAGGGACGAGGACAGAGAGUUAUAUUCAGCCUGCUCGUUUUCAAAUAAAUUGUUGUUGCUCCUGCUGCUGCUGUUAUUAUUAAUAUUCUAGAGCAGCCAUCACUGGCUAGGGAAUCCUGGGAGUUGAAGUCUGCACACCUUCAGGUGGCCGAGGUGGAGAAACGCUGCCCUGGAGGCAUCCAGGUCGGCCAGAGUGGCGGCCAGAGCUGUACUAAAUAGAUCUCUUGCCUGAUUCAGGCCAGUUUCUCUUGGCAACUCACCAUCUGCACAAAACCACCGGUUUGGUUCUCAUUCCUCCUUGAGGGUAUAAGUGUAAGGGUCGCCUCGUCGUGAAUAACUCGCAGACGCUGAGUUACGAAAACAGUCUCUGGGUUUAUUCAGAACAGGCACAAUCCAGGUAAAAAGCCGAGAGUAGCGCGGAAUUCUAACAGGUUCAGUUAUAUUACCUUGUAUCCGCCAGUGUUCCUCCCCCCCGCCAUUGCUCCGCCCUCUUUCCCGGAAUUCCUUAAUUGGUCAUGUCCGGGCCGUUGGUCUGUGACUGCGCAUGUCUUGACCUCGCCCUGCCUGUCUCUGCCCUGCUCGUUGUCGGGACAAUGGCGUCGAUGGUUGAGUGCCUGCUCGGCCCUUCUAAGGUAUUUCCAGGCUAUUGCUUUCUAUUGUCCCACUAACUACUUCUCCUUUAUGACAAUGCUUCCUUUUGUCAUGUGGGUGCUGCCACGUUUUGCCCCAUGGCAGUGCACUCGUGACAAUAAGGUGCCACAGGAAACGCCGGAUAGGAAUCUUCAUGGAAUGAGAUGUGGGUUCAAGAUUUUAUUUUUGCCCCAUAAAUUCUGAAACAGCUUUGGAUCAGGACACCUAGCAGAUCUUCUCCCCAGUAUAGAUCCAGUUAAUCACUAAAAUCACAGGGGGGGGGGCUCAUUUUGCUUGUGCCCCAACUUUCAUAUUGCCGUUUUGAAAAGCAGACUUUCUCAGCAGGAGCAUCCAAUUUCUCUCCUCCUUUUCUCCCUGAUAGUGUGAUUUUAUUUGCUGGUGCUAAUUUUAAUGGUGAACCAUAUUUUUAGGAGUUUUAGUAUGAGAAGGUCACAUCCUAAUGUAUUCAACAAACCAGCUAACAGAGGAAUAAAAAUGAAAAACUGAUUCAAAGUCUGCACACACUGGGAUUAGGUGCUCAUGAAAAAACGGUAUCCUGGAACAAGGUCGACGUGCUUUCCCGGCCCAGCCGUUCUCUCUGACGGACCACGGGCGACUUUCUACGUGCCUCUAAGAAUUACCUCUCAGGCUGAUAAGCAGUGGCAUUGGGAGGGGUGUGGGUCAAAAACUGCAAGAAGGCAGGUGCUAAUUUCUAGAAUUUCUUUUAAGAAUUGUUCCUCUUGAGGCAUGUAUCGUGACCACACAGGACCUCUUCUCUCUCUCUUGUCCGUGAGACUUAAUGCCUUGUUUUUAUUUCUUUGUUUGUUUAUGCAACUUGGAGGCCGUUUGACUCCCGAUGGCUUUCAGUGGUAAAAGCAGGAAAGCAAUGAGAGAGUGUGAGAGGUAAAGAUUUUAACGUGUCAAUAAGUUCAAGCCAGUGAGCAAAAGCAACGCCAUGUUGAAUACUUAAACCAACACGAAGUCAGGAGGAGAUAGUGGGGAAAACCCAUCCAAUGAUAAGGGCUAAAUUCAUCACUUAUCAUGGCAAUGGCUAAACUCAUCAUCUGGUAAUGGCUAAACCCAUCAGGGCAACGGCUAAACACAUCACCUAAUGCGAUAAUGGUUUAAAGCAAAGGCGGCCGGAAGAUUGUAAGUCUGAGAGUAGCCAGCCAAUGGGGAAACGGAUAAAGAGGAGCGACGGGACAGGAAAAUGUAUAAAAAUAAACUUGAAAUAUUGUAUGGGGUGGCUUUUCCUUUGGACACGUGGCCUCGUGCUCCUGGGAAGUCCACCACGCUUUGCAAACCGUAGAAGCUCAGA